AUGCUUCGCCCACGUUUCUCUGCCGCUCACCACUUCACCCUGACCACCUUUGGAUGUCAAUACCAUGCCGACAGUCCAAGUAGCGAAAAGCUCGAGCUGAUUGAAGAGUUCGACAACCUCAUAAAGGACGCCGGCGUUCCAGUCGAGCGACUAGAACAAAACGAUAUCCCCUCCAGGGUUUGGAUGACUUACUGGACCUCACCUCAGACCUUCAAGUCAUGGUGGGAAAGCGACGCUACAAGAACCUUUUGGAGAUCACUUCCAGACGAUGCUGGCUUCUGGAGGGAGUCAGUUUGUCUUCCUGCCACUAGAGCUAUGCAUGAGUGUACAGGCAAAGAUCCAGUUGGCUUCGGUCACUGCGGAGAACUCGUCCCUCUGACUGAGAAGACUGGGUAUUGGGGAGCAUAUCGUUCUCGUAUGACGCCCGACUUUGAAGGCGACACCUACAGUUCUUCUUCGGACGCUUGGCAGCCCCCAAAGCCUAUGACAGAUAAGAUUCGUCGUGGAAGAGCUCAGAUUACCAAGUUCCCAGAGAACCUCUGUAUUGUUAUUGAAGGACAAGACUACAGUCAUAUGAAGGAAAAGGAGCGCGAGUACUGGAACGAGAAUUUCGAUGGCCUUACCAAGGAAUGGGUCACCAAUGUUGUGACAGCAGGCAUAGAGAAGGGAAUGGUGUCGGCGAGGGCAUGCCACGCAUUUGCGGGAGAGAAGACACUCGGAGCAACAAACAGUACAGCCUCCAAUGGCACCAAUGGCACUCACAAAGGUGGCAUAUUCCCAGGCCUCGACUACAUCCGCCAAGCCCAGAUCCUGUACUGGACCGACCUCUCCAAGAUGGAGCACAUGGGCCGAUGGGACAAGGGCCACGUCAAGCUGCGGCGUAACUUCAUGUCAGCAUACGGCCCGGGCGGCGAAAUGCAAGGCGGCGACAUCCUCCUCUGGGUCGAUCUCGGCAUAAUCAAAGGCGACGAGAUCGACGCCGAGUAUGUUGGGUGCUACGAGGGCACAGGGUUUCUCGCGUUUGACGAGAGCGCGAUGUUCGCGAGCUCGAGCGUCACUGCGGCUGAACUGCCGCCGAUUUUUGAUAAGCCGAUUGCGUGUCAGCCAAUAGAGUGGUAG